AUGGGAUAUGAUGAUUCAGAAAUAUGUAAAAUGUUAUUUAUUGAUAUUUAUUUUCAUCCUUAUAUAUUUAAAAUUGAAAAUUUGAAUUUGGUUAUUUCAGGAAUUGGCAAAUCGAAUGAUCCUAAUUGGCAUUAUGCUGGAAAAGGAUAUCAAAGCUCUUUUGUGCAUAACUUUCACAAAAUUCGAUCAGUAUUUUUUCAGGAAUUUAAUCAUAAAGAAGCAAUCGUUAGAAUCUAUCAAAAUUUUCAAGAAAUUCAUGUUUUCAGUGAUACUGACCCUAAUACUGUUUGGAAUAAAAUUGAUUCGACAAAAGACCAGGCUAUGCUAAAGCAGUUAUAUGAAUGUGGAUAUCUUUGUACUGCUCCAGAAAACUAUAAAAAUAUUGCAAAUCAAUUUUGGGAUGCAUUUCGGGAUGCUUUGGAUAUUAAUUCUCGUAGAAUUGAUGGAAAGGAAGAAUAUUCACGUCAUUAUGCUCGUGUUAACGGUCCAGGAGGUAUCCAAUUAGAGAAGCCUAAGAUUACUUUAGAAAGGUUAACACCUGAAAAAAGAUAA